GGCGGUUCCGCCGCCGUCGGACGUCCCGGUGACUCCCUUGUACGGCACAGGACGGGAGCUGACGGCGUCGCCGCCGCCGCUGCCCACGUCGCCGCCGCCGCCAGUGUUGGCAAAAACGGCUUCAUCGUCCUCGUCAGCGGCUGCGUCGCCGGCUCUCAGGAACUCCCUGAGUGGGGUGUUCGCAGCGGCGAACAUGCGUGGAGUGGGCAGCAGCUUUGGAAGGCGAACCAGCACGAAUGAGUCCCCACGAGCCACACGCAAGUCCGCUGUGCUGCCCGUCAUCUCCUCAGCGCCCAACGGCUGAAACCCGCGCGACACCAGCAGCCCGCAGAUCCCGGAAAACAGCUGCAAGAUAGGAUAGCCGGCAUCUGAGACAGCUCUCGAUGCCCUGCAGAGAUUGCCACAGGCUAGCUAUGUUCAAAGUAGGGUUAAGCAGACUGAAUCACGGUAUGUUGUAAAACAGCCAGGUAGGCCAACAGUCAGGCAUGUAGCGAUGCUAAUGCGGCAGGACUUGGCGCGCAUGUGGAGAAAUUUAAUGCAGGCAUGCGGGCAGACAUUGAGUUGCAGCUGCCGCAACCAGACACUCCCCGAUUCAGAUUAGACAAGCGCAGAUCGGGGUGAAGGCAGAGAUGCAGAAGCAGACUAGGAGGGCAAUGCCCGGCCGCCAAACGCGGUUAAGAGCGCAGACACAUGUACAGCAGUACGUUUCGCCUCGCGGCCAGUUAUUUUAACACAUGUACAGCCAACAUGCAGGAUGCAGAGCAAGGCCGUCGUUGGGGGGUGCAUGUGGCGUACAUCGGUACGUGUGGUGAUGGCUUAUUCAUGCGUGAUUCGUGCAGGUUACUUGUGUGCCUGCGAGAGGGCACAGAGAGUUAUUGCCGAGAGCGCAUGAGGAGCUCCAUUGGGGUGUAUGCUUCGGCGACCAGUUGGCUGUGUUUGGCUGUGUCAAGCCAGCAGCAGAGGUCAUGGCCGUGUUGAGGUGCCCAAGGUGUCACCAGCGCACAGUAGGGUGGCGGCAUGCAGGUUGGUUGGGAAACCUACCUGGCGGCACCUGCAAUGGUGUUAUUUAUGAGAACAGCUGUGGUUAUGGUUGUAAAGUAGCGGGAGCAAGCGACAUUCAAGGCGUGGGCACCUGGGCAGUAUCUAAAAUGGAACGGGGGCAUUUAGAGGCAGUACCCCUGGGAGCUGCUUUGCUUUCAUGUGUCAUACAGCGUGCGUGUGGGGGUCUUCGGGACGAGUCAGUGUGUGGGCAUGUGUGCCAGCAGCUCCCGUCGCUAGCAGUUCAGGGCAACAGUGCCCCGGAUCCUUUGUGCAAGUCAUUCAUCGUUUCGCGGUUUGAGCGAGGCAUCAGGCGCUACCUACUUACUACUUCACUCUAUUCGCACCAGCCAAGCUGCUUGCGUGUCGUGCCAUGCCAUGCCAUGUCGUGCCGCAUCCCGUGGGCGUUGUGUUGCGGCCCGUCGUACGCAGUACAGUUAACUUCAUUCUUUGUUUGGGGGCCCGUAGCUUCCUUCCGCCUUAAUGGCCAGCACCAUCAUGUUAUCCGGCUAGGCAUGUGGUCAGGGGCUGGCGGGCUGACCUGACAUCGCCCAUCUAACCUGGCAGAAACCUGGCAACUAACAAGGGGAUAAUCGGAGUCAGGUCCUGGAGAGCGGAUAGAUGGAUUUAAUCAUUUCGUGCGAGUGCCAUUACCUGUGUCUUUUUGUAGGCGUUAUGUUUCUAACGGACGCGGAGGUUGCUGGUGGUGUAGGGUGAGGAUCACCAGUUUUAGGAUUAUCGUCGUCACGGUGGCAGCACCACGCACGUAUGCCGUGCAUGCCGUACAAGCAAGAGGUGCGCAGGAUAAGCGGCUAGUGAGAUACGUGGAGGGGGUGACUGUAAUGGUCGUACCUUCCAGUAAGCAGGACAGUGGGAGGUCCCAGUGAGAAGC